AUGAAUAAAUCUUAUUGUUCUUCACAUGAAUAAGAGGAAUAAAAGUAUAUUUGUGUCCAUCCUACUUGUCUUCAAAAGGCAGAUAAUAAGCUGUGUUGUAGUUGUUGUUUCCAAUAAAAUCAUAGAGAAAAAAAGGCUGAAUAACAUAAAAUUAUAACAUUGUCUGAACUUGAGAAAACAGCUCAUGCAAAUUAUACAAGCUUGAAAGAACAUCUGCUCAACGAAGUUAAGAAGAACUCAGAAUUACAUGCAUAGAUAGAAGAACAAUUAUCAGCUAUUCUACUUUCUCUAACUAAUUGGUAAAAUAAUCAAAAAAAAAUGUUCAAUGAUAUCACUGAAAAUUCCAGCUAGGUCUUAGCUCAAAAUAUAUAAAAGGCUGAAAAUCUAAUAGAAAAUCCGUCAUUAGAUACAUUUAUUUAUUUUUAUAAGUUCAAUUUACAAGACAAAUAGAAUGAAAUGUAAGAUAUUAGGGACUAAUCAACGAGAUAACUAAAUUAUUAAUUAAAUUAAAUUGAAAUGAAGAGGGAUAUAUUGAUAAAUUAAAAAAAUUUUAUUGAAAGAGAACAUUUUCUGAAAUUUGCUUAAAUGGAUUACUAAAUAGAAGUAGAUAAUCUAAAUAACUUUUAAUUUGAAUAGUGUGAGUUACAUUUAAGUUAAAAGGAGUUAUUAUGUACCCAUCUCAAAUGUUUAGAGAAAGAUCCAUUAAAAUUAGAGUGCUCGCUCUGUAUUUUACAAGAUCACAAAGAACAUCAAUAAGAUAAUUAUAUUAAAACUCUUGCCAUAGUAAUGAAAGAAUAAACAGAAAAAAGAGAACUAAUUGAAUAAUUAACGAAGAAAAUUUAAUAAAGAUAUUAACAAAUCAAUUAAGACGAAUUUAUAAAAAAUUGA